AGCAAAGUAGACCCAGUGAAAACAGCAAGAUGGUGUCUCCAUCACAGCUUCUUGGGCUUCUGCUCCUCUGGGUUCCAGCCUCCAGUGGUGAGGUUGUGCUGACCCAGUCCCCAGCCUUCCUGUCCAGGAAUCUAAAAGAAAAAGCCACCAUCACCUGCCGAGCCAAUCAGGGCAUCAGCACCAACUUGCACUGGUAUCAGCAGAAACCAAAUCAGGCUCCGAAGCUCCUUGUGAAGUAUGCUUCCCAGUCCGUCUCGGGAGCGCCGUCGCGGUUCAGCGGCAGUGGGUCUGGGACAGAUUUCACCAUCAGCAGCCUGGAGCCUGAAGACGCUGCCACUUACUACUGCCAGCAAAGUAACAAUCUCCCGUACAAUUUCGGCCAGGGGACGAAGCUGGAGAUAAAACGGAGUGAUGCUCAGCCAUCUGUCUUUCUCUUCCAACCAUCUCUGGACGAGUUACAUACAGGAAGUGCCUCUAUCGUGUGCAUGUUGAAUGACUUCUACCCCAAAGAGGUCAAUGUCAAGUGGAAAGUGGAUGGCGUUGUCCAAAACAAAGGCAUCCAGGAGAGCACCACAGAGCAGAACAGCAAGGACAGCACCUACAGCCUCAGCAGCACCCUGACGAUGUCCAGUACGGAGUACCAAAGUCAUGAAAAGUACUCCUGCGAGGUCACUCACAAGAGCCUGGCCUCCACCCUCGUCAAGAGUUUCAACAGGAGCGAGUGUCAGAGAGAGUAGCCUAGCAGGCCUCAUCACCUGCGCCUCAGUCCCAGACUCUCUGUCUCCCUCCUCAGGCCUCCGGACCUUUCCCCAUCGGAGACCCACACCUAUUGCAGGCCCUUGUCCCCACCUUACUGCCUCCCCCUCUUUGGCUUUAAUCAUGCUAAUAAUAUUUGGGGGGAAAUGAAUAAAUAAAGUGAAUCUUUGCACCAGUGA